UGCACAGUAGGUCGUGCAGUGGCAGCGAAGAAAAUGCCUCCCUGUCUCCGAUCAUCGUAGGGUUUGCUAAAAGGAAUUUCAACUGGCAUGUUUAGCGUCCCAUAGUGUUUUGUCUUACCUGCAGCCACCAACUCUAUGAUGGCUUGCCACUCUCAGCUCAUUUACACUCUUACCUUGGAGAACUAACAGCCGAUCAGAGACAAUGUACCGUUCAUCCUCCCGAGUAGUGACGGCGAUCACUCGAGGCAGCUCUCGUGGUAUGCAGACUCGACGUUCCAUUCGCAUGUGGGAUCGAGUGCAGCCGUCGCUGUGGCACCCCUUAGCGUCACUGGAGCAAUCGCUAAUGGACGUGGAGAUGAUGGCACGCCGAGUUUUCUCGCCUCGCUUCCCACCGUUUGCGCCGUUCACGCCCGAUAUGCUACCAAAGCUGCACCAUGACGACCACGACUUUUUCAAGGACCUCCCCAUCAAGAAACCUGAAGAAGCGACAAAGGAGACGUUGGAGGCCGCGACACCAGAAUACAGCGCACAGAACCCACUGGAUAAGGAGAAGGAGGGAACCGAAGCUGCUCUCGACAAGAAGGAGCCUUCGACCGCUGCAGCAGGCACCGUGCCUCACCCGACGUACUCGUCGUACUCGUACACGUACUCGACCGUGCUGGACCACAAUGGCCAUUGCAUUGGCUCGGCUCGCCGGCGCUAUGAGGAUUCGACCGGACGUCUGAAGGCCACACAUGAGCGCGAGAUCGAUGGCAAGAAGCUGAAGAUGGUAUGGCAACGUUCCAACACGCAGGACGAGGGCGGCCACCAGACGAUUUGCUCGAGCGGCAGCCCAGACGAGUUCGAGAAGGAGUGGGUCGAGACGCCGUUUGGUCGUGCUGAAGACGAGGAACUAGCCAAGUGGAUGAACGACCAUGAACGCAAUGUGUACCAGGCCUUUGGCAUCGAGUACAACCCAGACGAGAUCGAGCCGAAAUGUGAGACGGUCGAAGAGCGGAAGGUUGUGGAGGAGGGCAGCCAUGAACGUAAGCAGACCAUUCAUAGGAUGUCGAAGCGCCAAGAAGAGGAGACGACGCCGCCGCAGUUCACGUCGUGAGCGAGCAGUUAGGGCAAGUUGAAGUGGUUGCCUAUGAGGAAUCUGAUAAUUCAUAUCGAAUACAUGUACUGUGAAGUUUCAUAACGAUU